GUCGGUAUGAGAAGAUAAGGAUGUUUAUCUGAUUUUAUCCAAACCCCAAGUCCAGUUUGAGCCUGGAUUGUUCUCGAUCAUUUAAAUGGUGGUUGCUCAAGGUAUGGAGGGAGAUAGAGAGGGUAAAACGAUGGCGGCUAUGCUUCCAGAUUCUAGGCCAUGGGCUCUUUUUUCAGCAAAGGGAUGGAGAGAUGGUUCUUCUGACUCCAAAAGUUUGCGUUUCGACGGAUGUGUCUGAUCCUUCACUUGAUGGCUCCAAAUCUUUACGUUCAAGGGUUGUGCCGGCUAGGUCUACAGCUAAACCCAGAAAGGAAUGGAAGUUCACAACUAAAGACUGCGAUGAUUUUAUUAGGCCAUAUGCAAUGGAUGUCAUAAGUGUCUAUAACGAAUGAGCAGUCAGUUUUCUUCUGAAUCUUUAUUGCUUUUCUUGAAUUCAAUCUUCAUUUAUGUGGGAUUCCCUUAAUCUUUCUUUUUUGUUCUGUUGCCUUGGCCUAAAUUUCGUAGGGUACAAAAUAUGAGCUGGUGGAGCCUGGUAACUUUAAAAAUGUGGUUCUUACCCAUAUCGACUUCACGGCUAAAAAGACUGAUGUUGCUGAUGCUCCAGUGGAGAUGUUUUUUGCUGAACUGAUAACUGUCAACAAGGGUCGUUCUGUCGAGUGCUGCAGAUGCAUGGGGCCAAAAAAAUCAAUUUCAGGAGAUAAAAACAAUGGCUGCUGUUAUUGCAUGGAUUACAAUGUUCAGCAUCCUAGGGGAUGGAGGAUUCAUGGCUGGCCGUGAAGGAUUAUUCACUGAUGAAGGAUUAUACAGUGAUGAAUGAAAACUAUAAUCCCCUGGCUUGAUGGCAGUGAACCUUUUAUGAACAUAGCAAUUUAGAGUUGUGUGUAUUGAACUUAUUUUAGAGUUUGGCUAUGUUCGACGCAUGCAUAGUUUGCCUUUUGAUAUUUGUCUCUGAAUGAAAAUCUGGCCUCCGCUGUUUUAAAGGUGUUCCGUAAAAAUAUUCACUUUUCCUAAAACGUGGGUAGUAUCUUUUUGCUGUGCAUCUCUUUUUCCUCGCAAAGAAGAAACACUUCUGUUUUAAAGUAGUCGUAUUUACUACGUAUUCUUGGAAGUUCCAUCCAAACCACUUUCCUAAUGGAUUCAUUCCUAUACUCCAGAAGAAUUUCUCCAGUUUGUGGUUCACCGUUAUGUAUCCUCCUCUCGAGUCUGGAGCAGCCAAAAACGCAUAGCAUGGAAAAAGUAUUUUGGUGUGACCUUGUCGAGUUGCCAACAUCGAUAACUCAUAGAUUUGGGCCUAGCAUAAUCUAACUUAACCCGUAUCCAACAAAUAAGAGCGGGAAAGAUGGGCGCCAAAUUUCCCCCGUGUUUCGGAUAUAUAUUUUAAUAUUUUCUGAAAAAUCAAAAUUGGGUUAAUAUUCUUCAUCGUUUCCUCCAUUUCCAAAGCUUAGAGAGAGAGAGAAAGAGAGAGAUUUAGCGAGAAUGGAAAUCCUAAGAUCUCAAAAGAAGAUCUCUGCACAAGCUGCCAUCCCAACGCUUCCGGUGUAUCGAUCUGCACCUUCACUUGAAGUAAGAUUAGAAGAUUUUGAGUUGUUCGCUAUUGAUCGUUUACGAGUUCUUACUGGGAUUUCUAAUGGAUUAUCCCGUGGAAAGAAACCUGAUGAAAUGGAGAAAUUGGGGAAUGAUUUAUGGAAAGCGAAUAUGAGGCAUCAUGACUCGUCUAGAAUGUUGGAUAAAGAUAUUAUCUCGCAUUUUGUUCUUCGCUUAGUCUAUUGCAGAAAUGAGGAAUUAAGAAAAUGGUUUCUUACUCAUGAGACAAAGCUCUUUGAAUACCGGUUUCGUGUCGAAAGUGUUGAAUCUCAGAAGGCUUUAAUGGCUGAAAUUGGCUUCCCAUACACAGCAGUCGGCAUAGGAGAAUUAGAGGAUAUGAGAGAAAACUUGAACCAGGUUGCUCGUUCAAUUGGUCGACAGAUGCUUACUUCCGAUGCAUUGUUUUUCAAGGUACCAUUUGAAGAAGUACCAGAACUUAUUAGUGGACGCAAAGUAUAUAUUCAUAAAGGAUUUGCAUAUGUUGCAAUGAACCAGGCAGUUAAUAUCGUCACCGGUAUGUUUCGCAGCAAUUUAUCGAAGGGUCUCGUGCUGACAAAUAGAAAAUGGACAACAACCUUAAAGGAGCAAGAAAAAGAUCGUCUAACUCCUAUUGUCGAAGCACUGAGCACAAGCUAUUUAGGUCCUGAUUAUUCACAGCCGAAGGAAUAUGCAGAGAUUUCAAUAAAGGACAUUGAUAAAGUGGCCAGUAGUUCUUUCCCACUUUGUAUGCGCCACUUGUUUGAAAAGCUGAGAGAGGAUCAUCAUUUAAAACAUGGAGGAAGAAUGCAACUGGGUCUUUUUCUGAAGGGGGUUGGCUUGAACUUGGACGAUGCUCUUGCAUUCUGGAAAGCAGAAUUCUCUCAAAAGGUUGGAUCUGAGAGGUUUGACAAGGAGUAUGCUUACAGUAUACGACACAACUAUGGAAAAGAGGGAAAGAGAAUCGACUACACGCCCUAUUCUUGUCAAAAGAUCAUUUCAUCAACUCCUGGUGCAGGAGAUCAGCAUGGUUGCCCCUAUCGAAAUUUCAGCAAAGAAAAUUUGGAAGCUGCCCUGAGUAAAAUGGGAGUAAGUAGUCGUUUGAUGGGGGAUGUGAUGGACAAAGUAAAAAAUCGGCAUUAUCAGUUGGCAUGCACCUUGACUUUUGAAGCUGUACAUGCUUCAUCUUGUGACUCUGGGAUCAACCAUCCAAAUCAGUAUUUCAUUGACAGCCAAAAGAUACUGCAGGCAAAGGUCACCAACAGCACUACUGUGAAGAAUGAAACGACUUGACAUUAUUUGGCACUCAGCAGCAUUCAGAUUUUUCCUAUAUAAGCCCCCACGAAAGCAAAUACAUUUGGGUGUUUUCAUCUCAACAGCAGGUAAAGAGACGAAAUUCUGAGUAAGCACCACGUAGUGGCACUUGGACAUUCCCCACCUAUGUCUCCAAUCAAAGUGGUAUGGUUAUUUUGUUAUUUUCCAUUUAUAUUAUGCUCAAAAAAGGAUGAAUUUCUGCACACAUGCACCUUUUUUAGAGUAUAUAGUCUUUAGUGUAAUUCCAAGUCUUGUUCUGACAAACAAAAACAAAAAUAACAGGGAAAAAUAUGGGAAAAUAGCAGACCUUAACCACGAAUUCUGUUUCUUAGGUCAUCAUUCUUGGUAAGGAAGUUUGUUAGUGUAUAGGAGGAAUAUUAGGUGGUUUAAUCAGGUCAUAUGUUUGAGCUGAAAGUACUUUAUAUGUAAAACUCAUGUAUUGCAUUUACAUCCCCUUGUUUAUUGGGGUUUUGCCACAUCUAUUAUUUGACUUAAAACCAGGUCUAUUUACUUCCA